AUGAAAAUGUUGGCAGUAGGUAUAUCCUAUCAGGCUAUUAAAUAACAACACUAUCACUCACUCAUCAUCCUGAGUUUGUCAUCAGACUUGCAUCUUUACGAGCAGCUUCGUCAUGUACAUGUAGGAUCAUCUGAUUGGCCAGGAACUUGCCAUUCCCACCUCCUCAGCAAUGGUCUCUCUCCAUGGUCCUGGCUAUGUCACUGUGGUCUACAAAUUAUAGUACUGGACAAAGCCUCCACCUAACACUGAGACAAUAGUUAGCCACUUGCUCCAUGUUCCAUGGGUGCUGGGUGACCACGUGGUUUGCUGAUUCAGCUGUUAUUUGCAUGUGAUUGAAUAAGAAAAGGGGCGUAUCAUUUAGCUAUCAAGCUAGCUAGCUGAGUCAACUUAACUUAACUUUACUAGCAAUGUUUUCUUUGCGAGAUGAUGCUGACUUGAGGGAGUUUGUGCUGGAGAAUGUGGAGCACUUUGGAGAGGAGAGAGUUCUAGGAACUGGCUCCUAUGGCUCUGUUCAAGAGGUGAUGAUCAAUGGUGAGGUGUAUGCAGCCAAGAAGAUCCACGAGGUUCUCCUGGAGACGGACGAGCGUGGUGGAGUGGCCAAUCUAGCUGGGAACUACCGCCGAGAGUGUCGACUCAUGGCUCGCAUCCGUCACCCCAACAUCACCCAGUUCAUUGGGCUGUGUUUCGUGACUGGCUCUCGACUGCCCCUCCUGAUCAUGGAGAGGCUGGACUCAAGUCUGGACGAUCUCCUGGAGUCCACCCCCAACAUCCCCCUCUCUGUCACCCAGUACAUUCUGGUCUGUGUGGCUCGAGGGCUGCUCCACCUGCAUCGUGAGUCCGUGGUCCAUCGUGACCUCACUGCCAGGAACGUCCUGCUGACGGCAUCUCUGAGAGCCAAGAUCACAGACUUUGGUAACUCUCGUAUCGUGAAUCUGGAGCCUGGUCGACUGGCCAGGACUCUGACGAGGUUUCCUGGGACACUGGUGUACAUGCCGCCCGAGGCCCUCUCUGACAGAGGUCACAGUGUGUACGGACCCAGUCUGGACGUCUUCUCUUUCGGAGUGCUACAACUGUUUGCACUCACACAAGUGUUUCCAGGAGAUCUCCUUGCCCCCACGUACAGCGACCCCAACAACCCAGACCACCUCCUGGCUCGCUCAGAGUUUGAGCGUCGAGGUCCCUACACGGCUCUCCUUGAGAGGAGUCUGGUGCGUGGACGUGAGCACCCCCUGUUUGGUCUGGUGAGGGAGUGUCUGGCCAACACCCCAGAGAGAAGACCGACCACCGCUGAGCUCCUCUCGUCUCUAGAGGAGGUGGAGAGGGAGAUGGACGGAGGACUGCUCCAGCUGGACAUUGCACGAGUGAAGACUGUCAGGACCCUCAGGGCAAAGGAGAAGAGGAUAGAGGCUCUACAGAGAGAGGUGGUCCAGAAGGACAGGAUACUGGAGAGGAAAGAUGAGCAACUUACUGAGAAAGACGAUCAACUUGAACAGAGCGUUGCACUACUGGCACAAAAAGAUGAGCAACUUGUUCAAAAAGAUGAGGAAGUAGCGGACAAAGAUACUCAGCUUGCUAGACAGCAACAGAUAUUGAAUACUGUCCGUGCUAAUGCUGCCACCAAAGAUGGUAUGAUUGCUGACAAGGACAGACAACUCAGUGAACAAGAGUCAAGGAUCGCUGAUCUCAUUUCCCAGAGAGAGGGUGCUCUAGUUGAGAGGGCCGCUCUCUUACAGGCUCACAGUGAACAGAUUGAGCACAAAGAUGCUGAGCUGGUCAGGAGAGACGCCAUCAUUCAACAGCAGAGACAGGGUCCCCCUCCCAGAGAGUUGAGACCUCCACUCACUCUGAAAUGGAGAAGAGGAAAAGACAUGCCAAUCAAGAUGGGCUACUCGGUACAGAGUGUUGUUAUCGGUGACACGGUGUAUGUUGGUGGAGGCAUUGCAGACAAUGAUCGUAACAGGUGUGCAGUGAUGAAGCUCGAGCAAGAUCAAUGGACCAAACUACCAGAGUACACCGCCAAGUGGUUCGCUAUGACAUCACUCGCUAAUCGACUAGUGCUGGUGGGAGGAAAUGAUCCAAGAAAAAACAAACCCACCAAUCAACUAGCAGUGUUUGAGUCAGGGGAAUGGACUCACCCGUACCCACCAAUGAACAUUGCUCGUAUUUUCUCAACAGCUGUCUCUUUCAGCAACCACAUCAUUGUAGCUGGUGGGCGUGAUGAUAAAGGACGUACCUCCUCUGUGGAGGUGUUGGACGUGGCAUCAAGAAGAUGGUACAUUGCUCAAUCACUACCUAACCCACGAUCAGAACUUAAAUCGACUCUCAUAGGAAACACCCUCUACCUAAUGGGAGGGUACGAUCACACUAGCCCAACCAAGACAGUGCACCACGUCGACCUCGAUGAACUCAUUGCAAAGGCCCUUUCCAACCUGGACACACCCACUCUCUGGCAGACCUUACAGGAAGCACCACUCGUGUUGUCAGCUCCUCUCAGUAUUGGGAGGUCACUAUUAGCCGUUGGUGGACGGGACGACAGAGAAAACCUAAGUUUAUUGAUCCACCUCUACCAGCCUGACACCAGGAGGUGGGUGAAAGUGGAAGACCUGCCUACUGCACGAUACAGCUGCACAUGCUCAGUACUUCCUAGUGGAGAGGUCAUUGUAGCCGGAGGACAGACAAAACCAUUUACUAUUAUUCAAACUGUUGAUUUCUUCUCUAUAAGUACUAAUUAGUUAUUUUGUUAAUUGUUUCUCUUUAAUUGUGCGAUGAGUUAAUUAUAACGAUAUCAUGUUGAGUUUAUAACGUUCUUUUUAUCAUGUUGAGAAAAUUAAGUUGCAACAGAAUUUUAUUGCAU